UCGCAUCGCACCGUUCGAGCCCGUCCGAAUCUCCCCUCCCACUCACAGCCAUCCCAUCUUCUGCCCCCCAGUCCCAGUCCCAGUCCCAGCCCAGGCCAGCAGCCACUGCCGUUGUCUGUCCUUCAGCCUCUCUCUUAGCCUCAACUCUGUCGACUCUAUCUCUGUCGCCCUCGAGCCCUACUCUACUUACCUCUCUACCCUCUCUCUACAAUUCCUGCGCAUUCUCUGGACAGCUCUCGACAGCCCGUCAGUCGAACGCACUGAACGAGCAUAAUAUCCAGCUCAACUCCGUAUCGCCGCAUGGUCAGUCAUGACCGGCAUGGUUCAGACUGACCUAGGACCUCCCACGGCGAAAUACAAGGAAGAACCCGUUGACGAUCUUCGACACCCUGCAUCUGGACUCGCGGGUCCGCAACCCCUUACUCUUCAACACCCUAGAACCGCAAGCUUUGUUCACCCUAAGCAACAUCCGGCCUCUCCCCACCAGCCUACUACAACUAUCCCCUCAGGUGCAUAUACGCCUCACGCCCUAGGAAACAACGUCAUUCACCAGACCCAUUACGGACAGCCAACGCAGGAAUCUGCUUAUUAUACGCCGCAUACCGCUUCUUACGCCACCGCAAGUGCGCCUGGACAUUAUCCCUCGAGUGAAAUCAUGGCGACCAGUGCCCAAAUGCAGAGGCCUUACCCCCCUAUUUACCAUACCCCCCAGUCAAGCUCCCCAGCAUCGGUAGCUUCCCAAACUCAUGAUCCCCACGGCCGAAGUAUUUAUGCACAAUCCCCACAAAUGACACCCCAGAUAUAUGGAUAUCAACCGUAUCCGUCUAUGAACCCCGUGCCACCACAAUAUGCACCGCACCCGUCACCCCAGCAGCAUCCUCUCACAACGCAGCCGUUGAUGAUGCCUCACCAGACGAGUGCCGCUCAAGUACACCCUAUUCAGGCGCCAGCCGCCGUAAUGUCCAGCCCAAGAUCCGCAACACAGCAACCAACGCCAGAGCAAAGGGCGGUAUUGAACCCACCCCACCCUGGAACAGCUGGCACUUCUAUCGCCACAAGCAGUGUCCACCAGAGCCCAUCUGUUGGGACAAGCUCCAGUGCAGCACCGGGACCAAUUCCAGCCACGACCCCCCUGGUAGUCCGACAAGAUAGCAACGGGGUACAGUGGAUUGCUUUCGAAUAUUCUCGAGAUCGAGUGAAGAUGGAAUAUACCAUCCGAUGUGACGUUGAAUCCGUCAACGUGGACACCCUAAGCCAGGAAUUCAAGACGGAAAACUGUGUCUAUCCUAGGGCCUGCUGCAGCAAGGAUCAGUAUAGAGGUAACCGACUAGUCUACGAAACCGAGUGUAAUGCCGUUGGCUGGGCGCUGGCGGAUCUUAACCCUGCCUUAAGAGGAAAGCGAGGGCUGAUCCAACGAGCCGUUGACAGCUGGAGAAAUAGCAACCAAGACCCUCGCUUACGGAGCAGGCGUGUGAGAAGAAUGGCCAAGAUCAACAAGCGCCAAACCGUUCCGGCACACCCAACCGCCCACAUGGCCACUACUUCUCCGGUUGCCCCCGGCAUUCCGGGCAAUGUCAUGUCCACGGGCGGCCCGCGUCCUGCGGUCGGUCCCUUGAUGGGACCUCCCCAGCUGCACCAUCACCAUGCCCAUCCUGAUACAGUUACAGGCAAUGAGGAAGUCAGCGGCGCCGCUGAAUUUGCGAACGCUACUCAUCGUCCAUCCACCGCAGAAAGCCAUCCACCACCAGGGCAGACACCAACGGAUAUUCGAACCGCGCAGGUCUUUCACGGAUACCAGGCCUUCCCACCACCCAUGGCCGCUCAUGGAGAUCCAAGAGGACCAUCGAUGCCUCCCCUCCUUCGAGACAGCGGCAUAGGAGCCCUGGGACGACACCAUGCCGUCGCAACAUCCACGAACAGAGCCAGUGAAGCCGAGAUUGACGACGACGAUGAACGCAACCCAGACAACGACGACCUAUUCGGGACACUCCCAGAAGGCAAACGCCGCAAGUUCAUCCUCGUCGAUGAUACCCAGCGGGGCUGUCGUGUCCGGGUCAAGGUUAUGCUCGACAAUGUCGACAUGAACGAGAUUCCCGAUUCGUAUCGCAUGUCUAACUCGGUAUUCCCGCGGACCUACUUCCCCGUGCAAAUGAAAAACCCGCCGAACCGGGUGGUUCCCGGGAAGAGAUAUUUCAAGGAAGAAGGAGAGAUGGACGAUGACGAAGAGUCCGCGACAAUCGGGAGGACUAUGGUUCCGGCCCCGUCGCUUGAUGGAGAGAGCGAAGUGGCCGUCCCCAAGAUAUCAAGAGGACGGCGCAAGAAGGAGGUCUUGCUCAACGACCUCGGAUACCGAAUGAGCUGGAGCCAAAGCCGAGUUUUUUCAGGAAGGAUGCUAUUUCUGCAGCGAUCUCUUGACGCGUACCGCAAUAAAAUGCGCAGCACAAUGGUGGUGGGCGGCCAGGAUGUCUCAUCGAUUCCCUCGCAUUUUGAGACACGAGCCGGAAAGCGACGGUUCCUAGAGCGCAGAAAGCGACAGACCAGUGACUCGAACGCCUCCAAACGCAGUGCCGAAGAAGUCGAAGCUUGAUUUGAUGAAUCUCCCUUUCUUCUUUUUUUGUUUCUUUUAUCUUAUGUCUUUUAUGUUCGACGUUUGACGUUCUACUUUAUG